CACGCUGUAGACAUCAGACAGGCUGCAGAUGUCCUGUCCCGUCUGCAGCAGUCUGCCUCGGCACCUUGUCUGCCCGGCAUGCCCUUGGAUAUUACUUGCCCUCCUUUUGCGAGAAGUACUGUGGAAAUAUAGAAAUCACUAAACACUAACAGAAGACAUCGCAGUAGGUCCGAGCGUACCUGGAUUCUUGACACUUUUACGCUGCGUCUGUCUGAUCUAAAGGGUUUUUUCAGUCGGUCUAUACUUUUUUUGUUGUUGUCGUACCGACUUUUCCCAAAUCGACGUGUAUGGAUCUACCAUGGCUACGUUUGCAUGCAGGGUGCAGUUCUUAGAUGAUACUGAUCCAUUUAAUAGCACAAAUUUUCCGGAGCCGACCAGACCCCCACAAUUCCCAUUCAGAGAGGAUAUUCCGCUCAUCAAUCAGAUCGCUGGAGUUCACAGACUUCUGAAAGCCCCACACAAGCUCGAUGACUGUGCUUUACAGUUGUCUCAUAAUGGCAGUUAUCUGGACUUGGAGUCCACCUUGGCUGAGCAGAGAGAUGAACUUGAAGGAUUUCAGGAGGAUGGAGGGAGAGGAAAGAAACACAGUAUAAUCCUGAGAACACAGCUGUCUGUCAGAGUACAUGUCUGCAUUGAAAAGCUCUACAAUUCGACCGGACGUGAGCUGCGAAGAGCACUGUUCUCCCUCAAGCAGAUCUUUCAGGAUGAUAAAGAUUUGGUGCAUGAGUUUGUGAUAGCUGAAGGACUCACAUGUCUUAUUAAAGUGGGAGCUGAUGCUGACCAAAACUACCAGAACUACAUCCUCAGAGCUCUUGGGCAGAUCAUGCUGUAUGUGGAUGGAAUGAAUGGGCUUAUCGGACACAAUGAAGCUGUACAGUGGCUUUACACACUGGUUGGAUCAAAGUUCCGGUUGGUUGUUAAAACUGCUCUGAAGCUGCUGCUGGUUUUUGUGGAAUACACUGAGUCCAAUGCACCUCUACUCAUCCAGGCUGUCAACACCGUGGACAACAAGCAAGGCUGUAAGCCCUGGUCCAAUGCCAUGGAGAUCCUAGAUGAGAAAGAUGGAAUGGACACUGAGCUGUUGGUUUAUGCCAUGACCCUUAUUAACAAGACAUUGGCUGGGCUUCCUGACCAGGACACGUUCUAUGAUGUGGUUGACAGUCUGGAGGAGCAGGGCAUGGAGGCCGUGGCCAAGAGACAUGUCAACAGGAAGGGCACAGAUUUGGACCUAGUGGAACAGUUCAAUAUCUAUGAGUCAACCCUUCGUCAUGAAGAUGGUGAUGAUGAGACACAACCUCCUCCAUCCGGACACAAAAGUCGGCGUCGGGCCAGCCUAGGCGACACUUCUGAGAGGCGGGGUUUAGAACGUCGCCGCAGCCGAAGACACUCGCUCCAAAAUGGGAAAGGCCACACUUCUGCUCCUUCUUCCCCCUGCCACAGCCACACACCCAACAUCCUGCCCCUCAAUGGCCAGAAGAUAGACAAUAUUAGUGAAAGCACUGGCUGUGCAGGUACGUAUCCUGGCAGGUCAUCUGGGGUGUCCAGUGCCCCCUCCACACCCUAUAACCGCUUCGGCCCCUCAGGAGGAACACCUGCAGACAGUAAGCCCGACAGGUCUACUCUUGGUGGAUUGUUAACCUCCUCCUACAGGCAGCACCAGGAGUCUCUCAAUGCUGAACGUGAGCGGAGGCGCCUGGAGAGAGAGGAGAGACUUCAGCGCAUUGAAAGAGAGGAGAGAAGCCGUUUCAAGUGUGCUCAUGUUGAUUCUCUUUAUUGCAGUCGGGAUUAUGAGGACAAGAGAGAAGAGGUCAGACAAGCUCGAGAAGAAAGAUAUAAGCAAUUGGAGCGGCUGGCAGCAGAGGAAAAUGAAAGGGAACGGCCAAGAUCGACAAAACGGGGGCGAACAGAAAUCACACUCAGCCUGAGUUCACGAACCUCCAGCAGUUCAUUGUCUCGUUCUGCCACCCCUUUGACUGCCGAGGCUCAAGAGGAUAAAUGCUCUGUUCUACAUCAAACACGAGGAACUGAGUCUGAGACAAGCCGCACAGAGCAGGCAGCAGUUGUGUGGCCUUCGUCAGAGCCUCCCUCUGCCUCAGUGCCUGUGCUGGUCUCGCCUUCCAAACCAGAGGAGGAGCAGAGACCGGUGGAAACGUCAGACAUCACACUCUCUCUGUCUCCAGCAAACUUUGAGCUAGAGAGACCUGAAAAAGAGGAGAAAGCUGAGGAUGAUGAAGCAGAAGAGUGUGAGGAAAUGGUGUUGAGUGGAAUGGAAGAUGAAAAGAAAGAAAAACCAGAAGGAAACUUUGAGGAAGAUACUAAUGGUACAGGUACAGAGGAGUGUGUGAGAAAGCAAAUGUUAGAGAGGGAUGUAGAGGAGAGUGUCCUCCUGAGUGAGAAGGAAAGGCAGAAUGAGGAGCUAAAUGAGAAAGAUAACUGCUCUGCCUCCAGCAUCUCCUCAGCCAGCAGCACUCUGGAGAGAGAAGAACGAGAGGAGAAACAUGUCAGUGACAAUGACUCAGGCCAGUGGGGAGACUGUAUGAAUACAGUGGAUGUGAACGGUCAGUGCAACAAAGUUCUUAACAGCAAACGCUUCAUGCUGGACAGGCUUUAUGCUCAAAACAAAAAUGGAGAGGAAGAUGAGAAAGAAAAGGAGAAUGAGAAUGAGAAAGGGUGUACAGUGCAGGGUUCCUCUGUGACCAGCCUCGCUAGUCGCAUCUGCACUCUGGAGGCACGUCGGCAAGCUUGCGAGGACAACAUGACGAUAUUAGAAGUGAAUCAUCUAGAUAACCAAGGUAGCGUACUGGCUGUGGCCGAGAAAUUUGGAGAUUUGGUUAAAGGACUGGUAUUGCCUCAUGAGGUGAAGCAUUCUGGGAAGGAAAAGCAGCAAUCACCGGAAAAACCUCUGCCGGCUCCUACACCAACACCCCCUAAAAAGGAGUCAGACCACAUAUGGGACCAGCUAAUGGCCACACCACGGGAGCUACGCAUCAAAGAGCUGGACUUUACAGACUUGGGAGAGGAGGAUGAUGUGGACAUUUUGGAUGUCAGUAACGUGAUCGGGUCAAGUGACCUCACACCACCUCCUCCACCAUCACCCUUCUUUCCUAGCCUUCCGCCCCCGCCACCUUUAUUUGGAUGCCCUCCACCUCCCCCUAUCCCUUGCAUGAUGAUGCCCCCUCCACCACCUUUUUUGGCUUCAGUACCUUCACCACAUCUCGUAUCUCCUCAACUUAGUCGAGGAGAAUCCCCGCUCUUCCAGAAGAAGAAGAAGACCAUCCGGUUGUUUUGGAAUGAGGUCAGACCUAUAGACUGGCAGUACAGCAACCACAAGAGAUGCAGGGAAUCACUGUGGUCUAAACUUGAACCGGUCAAACUGGACACAUCCAAGUUGGAAAACCUGUUUGAGACAAAGUCCAAGGAGCUGCCAGUUACAAAGAAAACAGCAGCAGAUGGGAAGCGUCAGGAGAUCAUCGUUCUGGAUUCCAAAAGAAGUAACGCCAUCAACAUUGGCCUGACGGUUCUGCCACCUCCUCGUACCAUCAAAACAGCCAUCCUCAACUUUGAUGAGUAUGCCUUGAGCAAAGAGGGCAUAGAGAAAAUCCUGACAAUGAUUCCUACGGAGGAGGAGACGCAGAAGAUUCAGGAGGCCCAGCUGGUGAACCCUGAUACUCCGCUAGGCAGUGCAGAGCAGUUUCUCCUCAUUCUGUCCUCCAUCAGUGAACUGUCUGCUCGCUUGCAGCUCUGGGCCUUUAAGAUGGACUAUGACACUCUAGAGAAGGAGGUAGCAGAGCCACUACAGGACCUGAAGGAGGGCAUGGACCAAUUAGAGAAGAAUAAGACCCUGCGCUACAUCCUUUCAACUCUGUUAGCUAUUGGCAACUUUCUCAAUGGGACCAAUGCUAAAGGCUUUGAGCUGAGUUAUCUAGAGAAAGUUCCUGAAGUGAAGGACACCGUUCACAAGCAGUCUCUGCUGCAUCACGUCUGCUCCCUCGUCGUGGAGAGGUUUCCAGAGAGUUCAGACCUCUACUCUGAGAUUGGAGCCAUAACUCGCUCGGCUAAAGUUGACUUCGACCAGCUGCAGGAUAACCUAUGUCAGAUGGAACACCGCUGCAAAGCAUCCUGGGACCACCUGAAGAUCAUCGGCAAACAUGAAAUGAAACCAGCCCUCAAGCAGCGCAUGUCAGACUUCCUUAAAGACUGUGCAGAAAGAAUUAUCAUCCUAAAAAUUGUCCAUCGCCGCAUCAUAAACAGGUUUCACUCAUUCCUGCUGUUCCUGGGCCACCCGGCGUACGCGAUACGAGAGGUGAGCGUCCACCGCUUCAGUAGGAUUCUGAGUGAAUUUGCUCUUGAGUACCGCACCACCAGAGAGCGAGUGCUUCAGCAGAAACAGAAACGAGCCAAUCACCGCGAGAGGAACAAGACACGGGGCAAAAUGAUCACAGAGAGUGGGAAGUUUGCAGGAACUCCUCUGGAGGGUCAGGAGUGUCAGCCGCAGGGUUUGGGCUACACGGAGGACGCAGCUGAACAUGAGCAGAUGACUGCUGUGCUUCGUACCAGCCUGCAGAGCGGCGAUAGUCCAUCCUCUGUACUCCCCGGCCUCCGCACACGGACUCGAGCCACUCGAGGCCAUACAGCACUUUUGUCUGCUGCAAAUGAAGACGCUUCUAAUUGCACAAAUGAUCCAGCGGAUGAGAUCAUGGAACGGAUUGUGAAAUCAGCCACUCAGGUCCCCAGUCAGCGCGCACAGCCCCGCGAGAGGAGACGCUCCAGAGCCAACCGCAAAUCCUUGAGAAGAACACUGAAGAAUGGUCUUACGCCGGAGGAGGCGCAGGCGCUGGGGUUGGCCAGCAGCUCUGAGAUGCAAGUGUGAGACAGCAGCCGCUCAGGGUCUCUAAACACAAAUGAGCUGGAGAAGGUCACUGUAACUUGAGUUUGCUUGAAUCUGGAGCGGGUGCAGGUUUCUGCGUUUGAACGGUUAUUGGCGUGGACACUUUGUAUUCUUACAGGUGAAAGGGAUUAUAAUCACUAACCCAUUAUACUUUACUUAUCCUGGAACAUGUAGUCAGACCUUACUCCAUUUACUAGCUUAUGCAUUUUGUCCCAAGAGGAUCAUUGAAACUACUCAGGUGCAUGUUCACUGUUCCUGCAGAUUGUUGAUGAUAUCCCAAACAUCCGUUUGAUUGCAUUUUUGGAAGCGAACAAGCACAAUGUCCUGGUGCACAACAUUUAUAGAUGCGCACACACACACACACACACACACACACACAGCCUGCAGAAUGCUGAUUGUCCAGUUCUCCAGUACAGAGACCAAUGUGCGUCUCUUACCCGUGUGGCCUUCAGAAUGAUCCCAAAGAACUGUGUUUGAAGAUGACUGGAUGCCCUCCCACCAUUUUUGUUUGUACUGGCUGUUUUGAUGAAUAUUAAGUAGCAGCACCUUUAGCGUUCCUAUCUCGUGUAAAUCAGCAGCGAUUCUUCUCUGGUUUACUGCUGUGGUAAAACUUGUUUUGUUUUGUUUUAUCUGUUUUAAAAAAGCAGGGCUUCUUACGUUAGGGAGAAAAAAAAAACGUAAAACCAUUUUCUUUCAUUUCUGCUGAACCUUGAAAUCUCCUUUUGUGAUUUAAACCUGUUGAGCUUGGAUAAAGAUGAUCUAAUAACUUGGCACACAAAUGAGAACAAACUAGAAAGUCGUCUUUCUCUUUUUCCCUCCAGCUGUCAUUUCCUCAUACAUAAUCUCUAUAGUAAUACAUUCAUUUCAUACCUUGCAACAUGCAAAAUUAGACAAUUGUCUGUUUAAAUUAAAUAACUUCUAUCCAUAUUUGUUUUUUUAUUAUUAUUUCUAUGAGUGCCUUGCAGAAAUGUUUUUUGUGAGAAUCUUAUUAUUUGGUCAGAAAAGGAAGGAAGAAAGAAACAUUCAGAUUUUAGGGAAUUUCAAGGGAUAGAUAUAGUUGACCCAAAAAUGUUUAUUUUGUCAUCAUUUCCUCUACAGUAUUCUUAACCCAUCUGGAUAAAUUGGAUAUUUUGAUCAAGUUGUGAGUCGACAGUUAACUUUCUAGUGAUCAGUGAAUAAAAACUAGUUCAAUUUUCAUGAAAAAAAAAGACAAAAAAAAAAUAAUAACGUCAACACAGCCUUUUCAUUUUCCCCCCUCAUUGUGGUACCAAUCAACCAACGUUUUUUUGUUUUUAUUUUACCAGAUACACAUCCAUUGUCAAUGAUAGUAGUACAAUUCAGCACCUUAUCAUGUGUAGCAUGCAAUUUCGAAAGGAAUUUGAAAAUGUAAUAUUUUAGACAUUUUUUUCCACCUUUUCCCCUCAGAUUUUUAUUCUGAGUAUCAUGUGGAUAAGAGAUUAGAUACAUGUAAAGUAGAAGCUUGACAUGAUGCUGUAAAAUUGUGUAAAUGUCACUUAAACGUUUUUAUUUUUUUGUUGUGUUCAUGUUUUGUUUGUAUUUUGUAUAGUAUAGUGUAUCAUAGGUCAAAAGCAGUGUUAUUUUGUGCAAAUCCUAAUUUAAGAGAAAAUAAGCCAUGCAUGGUUCAAACAAUAACAAAUGUGUCAGCAGGCGAUGUCAUUAAGUGGGUGGAGCCUGUCAUGUCCCGAUAUCCUGUGAACAUAGCUUUUGUUUCAUGUGUUUACGCAGCACAGACUUGAAACAUUGUCAUGCACCCAUCAGCCCUGCUCAAAUGGCCUUUGAUAUUUUUGCACUCACAUAGUUUCACCCAUUGCUUCAAGUGCCAUAAAACAUUGGUUUUGAAUAAAAGAUGGUGAAUGUGAAAAUCUGACUUCUAAAUUACGAAAGGAAAAGCAUUUUCUGUACUUUGCAAUAAAACGCUUUUACAGCAACAUCAA